UAUGAAUGCCUCUAGGAAGCCCUCUCUACCUUAGCCUUGGAAAGAGCCCCUUUUCAUAAAAUCAGCUGAAGGCACCCAUUCACAGCCAAAAGGGGGUUGUGAAGAAAAAAAAAAAGCAAGCCAACCUUAAAGAUUUUGCACUCAAAGAAAUCAAAAAGAGAAGUGGCCAGAGGUCCACCCGGAGAAAACUUCAGGCUGCUUUUUUUUUUCCCCCCUGUCUGCUCUACAAAGACCUUGAUAGAGGCUCCAAAAGCUCCUUUUAAAUAAUAAUAAUAAGCAGAAAUCCACUGUUUGUGCCAGAAUAAAUCAAUCGCUGGCAAAUGAUUUCAGCAGGGAUUAGCUAAGCGCCCUACCCCAGUCCCUCUGGAAAACACAGAUCUGAUCAAUGGAUGCCUGGUGAGCCCUUUUGGCUUAAACAAAAACUAUCGCCGUUGCCAAAAAAAAGUGUGUGUCACGGGGUGGGGCAGGGGGGAGAGUUGUGUUGAUUUUUUUUUUCUUCUCCUUGAAACUUUAUGAAUGAAACUGGAGUAAGGAUCCUGUCUUGGAAAUAACACGCUGGUAAAUUUUAUCCUGGGAGUAAGGGGGAAUGGUUAGAGGGGGUGGUCUUAGCUCACAAAUCGAGAGGCGGCUGCUUGCAAAAACAGCGUGCUUCUCUUUUUUGGGGGGUGGCUUGAAGCUGCAGGGUAGAUGCUGGAGGGAGGCAGCUCCACAGAGGGAAUAACUGGGAGAGAUCCCCCCCAAAAUUGCCAUAGCAAUUUUUUGGUAAUGCCCUCUCUCUGCUCUGGGUGGAAGUAAACAGGCUGUCAGCAUUUUCCUCUUGCUAAGCGGAGCUAAAGCAGCAGCAGCAGCCAGCCCGAGUGAGAAUCAGCAACUUUCUUUUUAAUUUCGGGAUCUGGGUGCUUAUUCUUUCUGGGACAGGACAAGAAGCGUGUGUGUGUGUGUGUGUGUGUGUGUGUGUGGGCAGGAGAGAGGGUGCCUUUCUGCAGAUGGCAAGGCGAGGAGGUCAGAAAAUGUCCUGCAGUCAGUAAAAAAAAAGGGGGGGGGGGUUCCUUUUUUUUUUUCUUUUUUUGAGCGCGACAUCUCAAGUCAACUCUUUAAGAAAGCAAAAAAAUUCAGCCCCGCGCUUCCAUGCCCUCCUCAAUUGGCUUUUUGAAACUGCAGAUCCUUUGAGACAGACAGGGGGGAGAGAGGCAGAGAGAGAGGGAGAAAAAAUCCAUCUUGCUCCCAAGGAGAGCCGGCUGCAAGCUGGAGAAGGCAGGCAGAAUAAACCUAUUGUGGAGCUGAAAUGCACUGAAAUAUAGCAGCAAUAGAAAAGCCCAAGCCAACAGCACCCCUCCUUGCACAAACGUAAUUGCUCAGUGAAAAUAGUUCCAACUUCAGGCUUUUUUUUAAAAAAGAAAACUUGUGAUUUGUUUGCUUUGAAGGGGGAGAGGGAAAAAAAAAAAAAGGGGGCGUUUUUUUUUCCGCCCCCCUCCCUGUGAAACCUUAAAAGAUAAAAUUACUGGAUCUAAAAAUAAAGCAGUGGUUAAAACCUUUCCCCCACCCCUUACAACUCCCCCCCCCACCCCUCCCAUUUCUCCCUCUCUCUCUCUAUGUGUGUUUGCAUUCGACAAAGAAAUGAUUUGAACUUCCCACUGCCUCAUAAAAAGGAAACAGAAUAGCAGUUUUGACAUAUGGAUGUGAUUUCUCCGCUCUGACACAGAUGCACACACACUCACAAGCCUGCUCCUUUUCACAUGGACUCGUUGCCUACAUGCAUGAAGCGGCUGGAGGUGCUCAGCAAUGAGAAGGCGAAGAGGAGGACUGGGCUGGCUUGUCAUUUGCCUCUCGGGCUGAGCGCCAUCCGGCCAGACCUCUGAAGGGGUCGCGGUGGAAGGACAACUCCUCUCCAAGCCCGGAUCCCUGCAAGAAGCUUUCUCUCCUCCUCCCAGCUGCCCAGAGAGCUUCUUGGAUGCUGCCCUAAGCGUCUUGGCUAUGGGAUCAUAUCUGGUUUAUCACAGCCUGGGUUUGAUCCUCUGCUGCUCCGUGCUAAGUUCUGUCUACGCGCUGGUGGAUGCGGACGAUGUCAUCACCAAGGAGGAGCAGAUCUUCCUGCUGCUAAAAGCCAAGGCCAAGUGCGAGCGACACCUGAAAGCCAAGGUGCCCAAGGUGCAUGAUGGCUUCUGCCUGCCCGAGUGGGACGGCAUUGUCUGCUGGCCAGAAGGCAUGCCAGGCAAAGUGGUGGAGAUGCCAUGUCCGGAGUACAUCUACGACUUCAAUCACAAAGGCCAUGCCUAUCGGCGGUGUGACCUGAACGGGAGCUGGGAGCUGGUGCCAGGCAACAACCGGACCUGGGCGAACUACAGCGAGUGUGCGAAGUUCCUCACCAACGAGACGAGGGAAAGGGAGGUCUUUGAUCGUCUCUAUGUGAUUUAUACUAUCGGAUACUCCAUCUCCCUGGGCUCCCUGACGGUGGCUGUCCUUAUCCUGGGAUACUUCAGGCGUUUGCACUGCACGAGGAAUUACAUCCACAUGCACCUGUUCGUCUCCUUCAUGCUGAGGGCCGUCAGCAUCUUUGUGAAGGACGCGGUCUUGUACUCGGGGUCAGCUCUGGAGGAGAUGGAGCGCAUCUCAGAAGAAGACCUGAAGUCCAUUACCGAGGCCCCCCCAGCGGAUAAGUCACAGUUUGUGGGCUGUAAAUUAGCCGUUACCUUCUUCCUUUACUUCCUGGCAACCAAUUACUACUGGAUUCUGGUGGAAGGUCUCUAUCUCCACAGCCUGAUCUUCAUGGCGUUUUUCUCAGAGAAGAAGUAUCUUUGGGGAUUCACGUUAUUUGGCUGGGGUCUCCCUGCUGUAUUUGUGAUGGUGUGGGCCAGUGUGAGGGCCGCUCUCGCAGAUACCGAGUGCUGGGACUUGAGUGCCGGCAAUUUAAAAUGGAUCGUUCAGGUGCCCAUCCUGGCAUCUAUUGUGGUAAAUUUUAUGCUUUUUAUCAAUAUUAUCCGAGUCUUAGCAACCAAGCUGCGGGAAACCAAUGCAGGGCGGUGCGACACCAGGCAACAGUACAGGAAGCUGCUGAAAUCUACCCUCGUCCUUAUGCCUCUGUUCGGCGUUCACUAUAUAGUGUUCAUGGCGAUGCCAUACACAGACGUGUCAGGGAUUCUUUGGCAAGUUCAAAUGCACUAUGAAAUGCUGUUCAACUCUUUCCAGGGAUUUUUUGUGGCCAUCAUAUACUGUUUUUGCAAUGGAGAGGUUCAAGCAGAAAUAAAGAAGUCAUGGAGCAGAUGGACAUUAGCACUUGACUUUAAAAGGAAAGCACGGAGUGGGAGCACAACAUAUAGUUAUGGACCCAUGGUCUCCCAUACCAGCAUCACGAACGUAACUACCAGAGGGGCACUUGCCCUCCAUCUCAAUACGAGACUUAUACCGGGAGCCCUCAAUGGACACCGAAAUUUGCCGGGUUAUGUAAAAAAUGGCUCCAUUUCAGAAAACUCCAUGCCUUCUUCUGGGCCGGAGCAAUACAACAAAGACGAGGAGUACCUGAACGGCUCUGGACUUUACGACGGAGACAGGCCUACGGUGCUUGUGGAAGAAGAAAGAGAGACCGUGAUGUAAGGAUCAGAGAGGAAGAAGAAGAACAAGGAGACGAAAGGUUCCCGGAGAGCAUUUAGUGGGCAAAAGAAGACCAGGCUGCACAUGGGAUGCCAAGGGUUUUCAUACAGUUUCUCUGUUCUGUGUAACAGGAGGUCAAGUUAUAUGGAAAAAGUGGGCCAUCGAUGUGGCCAGCUGUUGAUCACACACAUUUACUCAGUGGUCUGGUCUCCAAGGUGUUAAUGAAGGCAGUGCUGUCCAGACCUGCGGGCCUCGCUACCUGUUGAACAACGGGGGUAUUCAGAGUUUACAUGAGGGGUGUACAAAUGGCACACGGUAGUUUCACCUCUGGGAGAGCAUUCGAAGCACAAAGAUGAAGGGAAACCCAGUCAAAGGAGCGGGGAGCGUGAAAUGCCAUCUUCUUGCAGUGGUAUGAGAGGCCGGUGGCGUUGCCUUCACCACUCGGUUUGGUUUGGCUGUCUCUUUUAUUCGAAAGCCCAUCUGUCAUAUGGUAACACACACAGGACUGGCUGGGUCCCCUGGGCCAUAGCCACUAAUUGUAGCGGACUAAGACACAGCUUGGACUGUGGUGGCAUUGGGUGUCUGUGUCCGUCCGGGGUCACUUGGUGCAUGUUCCUUCAGGAGCAAUCUCACUGCUGAUUCCCUGAUGAAGCAGCAUGCUUUUUUCUUCUUUGGUAAAUGACUCACAACUACUGGCUGUAAAUGAAUAUUGGGGGUCCCCUUCUCCUACCUGAGCCCAGGGAGCGAGAGCAAAAUUCGUGCAAUCAGAGAUUUUAAAUGAACAUGACGGUCUAGCUGGUCCAAGCCUAAAAUCAGACAAGAGGUCCAUUCUGUUGGCUUGUAAGUGCACUGAGCAUUAGGGUGGAGAGGGAGCUUGAUGGUACCUCAAUGUGUGUGAUUUGGGUGGCAGGGCAUGUAAAACCAGGCCAGAAAACAGUGAACUCGCCCAUUUUGGAUGUUCAAGGGAAUGUACUUAACUCAUUUUCAGUCUUUUUUUUUUUUCUUCCCGUUCUCACUUCCGCACUUCCUGCUCCCUAUUGAGUACGGGAAGGCUAACAAGUGAGGAGAAGGGCUGUUUUAGCAAUAUCCCGUUUCAAUCAGAGCCGACGGAGGCUGGCAUCCAACUCAACAUGACGUUUGCAAGCCAGGUCUAUGGAUAAUUCAUUGCAGACCUCCAGGUGCAUCUCUGAACCUCCAGGAUGGGUUGUGGGUCCCCCUUCCAAGGUACACACACAUACAUGCAUCCAUACACGCAUACCCAUAUGCAUGUACUCACAGCAGGCUUGACCCUCAGCUAGCAUAAGCAUUCAUGGGUCCCUUGAGGAUAUUGAAACUGUCCCGGGGCUCAACCACAGUCGUGUCCCAGCAAGGGGAAAGCGUACGGUUAAUAGUGACUGCGUUUGCAGCAGGAAAAGGGUUCAGGAAUGAUUGUGAUCCUCUGCAACUCCCCUUCCUGGUGGAUGCUGUGGAUGUCCUGGUAUCACCCCAGGCCUCAGCAAUGAGCAUGCUUUAGUACACGUGAUAUUGUUCUCUGGCCUAUCUGAUGUGCUGAGCAGCAGUGAUAUCAGGUAUUGACUGCGUCUCUGGCUGGUGAAAGCCAGGAGAGCUCCACUGAGCCUGUGCAAUGCUAGCUGAGGGUCUAGCCUGGUAUGUCCAUCGGUCCCCAAGCAUCAUUCAAGGACUUUGGGACAGUGACCCCAGCUGGGAACUCCCCAGCCUGCCAGAGCCGGCCUGAUCCCUUCCUUGGGCUCCUGUUGUAUCAGUUGUUCCUCCCGCCGCACUUUAAAAGCCAUAGUCCAGCCCGAGAACAAAUGUUGGCAGCAUUUCCAGCACAAGAAGCAUGUUCAUCCCCUAUCAAUGUGAUCUGGCUGCUAUUGAAAUGCAAUCAGAAAGAGCUGUUGUGCAAAGGUCGUCGAGGACCCAGUUUGGUGCCUAUCAGAUAAUCCACUCUCGAUCCUGCUCCUUCUUGGCUGGGCUGGUGAAUCCUACCAACCGGCGCCUCGCAGAUAUACCCAAGUCAUUGGAAAGGGACUGCUCCUCUCCAGACGCAGUUAGGACGAAGGACAGUCAUCCCAAACCUCAGGUCCUGACUAGGCCCCUGGGAAGAGCAGCUGGUGUCUUGAUCCGCCUCGAGUGUCCCAUACCUGCCUUUCUGCCACCUCUCAGGUUAGGGCCUGAUACAAAGCCCAGUGACGUCAAGCAAAAAGGCUCCUGCCGGCAUCACUGAGUUUUGGAUCAGAAACUUGUGGGAGGAGGGUGUCGUGGGGGGCCCCGAAGGACCGGCACCCCUACUGCAGGUAAAAAGCAAAGGCAGAUUUUGGAAGACAAAUAUUUAUUUUUGGUGUUUGUUUUUGUUUUGUAUUGUUAUAAUUAAGUCGAAAUGUUCUUUACCGUAGACCACCAAGCGGCAGCUAUUGCAAUGUCAGGUCUUCAAAGGGUGAAUUGUUUUAGUAGUGUGGGAUUUUUUUUUUUUUCGUUUAAUGAUAUGCAGAAAUUAAGUAAUCAUGCAAAGAAAAGCGGAUUGAGUGAAUGUCUGGCAUUGAGAGCGAGCCAGCCUUGCAGAAAUCUGGGUCAGUCUGAAGCACUCGCUGCUUGUAUCUUAGUCACACAUGCUGGCACGGCCUCUGCGGGGAAUCAAAGGGGAAGAAAGUCAUCUCUAGUCGGCUGUCAGCGUGUGCACGCUCGACUUAUUUAGCAUCCCAUUCAGCCGACGUGCACUCCUGAUUCAAGCGGGACGUGCAAUGAGUGUGCUGGCUCUGGCAGUCCAAGCCUUGCGUGGACGGUUUCUCUCUGCCCCACUCCAAACCCCACUGGAUGCGUGUUUUGCUUAAAAGCCUGCCAAGUGCACAUGUGAUCCCCUUGAUCCUAUCACUCAAAGAAAGAAAUUACCGAUCCAAAUCAAAACCAGCAACUCUUUCUGUACUUGUGUUUGCUAAUGACGGCUCAAGAUUGCUGACGUGUUUGCAAAUCACCUAGCAAAGUUCGGGUAAUUAAUAAGAGCCACGACAUUAUUUGUAAGUAAAGUCUACACCCGUAAUUAAUCACAAGAAAUUAAUCACUGGAUAACCUAUUAUUUAAUGAUUAGAAAUUGCCGUCUGUUGAUAGACAUGCCAAAAAAAAUGACGUGAAAUGGGGGGGGGGGGGAAAAAAAAUAUUUUUUGAA